AUGAGGCGCAACUCCUGGAGCUUCUGCAUUCUGGUCGCCCUUCUGAACGAGCUUGGCCCGCCCGUCAAUGGCUACGGCAGCUCGACCAAAACAUGCUUCGAGCCCGGCAAAAACUACCCGGAGCCUGCUCCUCGGAUCAUGUACAUCAAGGGACAGGCACGCACCAUCAUGGUCGAGACGACUCGUAGGCCGACGCACCGUCUCAUCUCGCACAUUUUCAAGAUCCUGGUGACCGAAUUGCUAGGCUACAAAAAUGUGACUGUGCGCCUCACCAAUAACUCCAACGUGAUGGAUGCCCUCCGGAGGAUCACCAGCUGCGCAUCGCCUUCGCCACACGACUGCAGCCAUACUGACGACCCUCAGACCAUGGUUAACCUGGAAUUGUGGCUCCGUCCGGGCUACAACCUCGAGCCCUGGCUGGCAACUGGGCGAAUCAUUGACUGUGGUCCCCUUGGCCCCAUUGGGAGGUCUGGCUGGUUCGUGCCGUUGUCGACUGUCGAGAGAUUCUGGCAGCACCACGGCAUGGUGCUGGAUCACUGGAGGUCCUUUCGGUCUCCCAACGUGACCGUGCUGAUGAACAGACUACAUGACAAGCUUCUGCACGAAUACACUAGGACGCCAGACAAGACUGGAUUCUUGUGUAAUGCGUCUCUGUGUGUCAACGGCAUCUACGAGCCUCCCAUCUGCCGCAAACACAAGAGAAAAAUGCCCUGUGCCACGCUCAUCGCCGACUACCCAGAGAGCACGUACAACAUGCUCACCACCGAGAUCGAGUCCCUGAGGCUACGCGUCAACGUGGCCUGGGUGGGCAAGAGGCUCGAGGAGUACGUGACGUCGGCGCUGGCCCGGAACGAGUCCAUCAUCUUCCACAACUGGAAGCCCAACACGCUCACGACCUUGAGCAACGUCGUUCACAUCGCGUUCCCCCAGUGCGAGGACAGGGCGCUGCAGGACUUUCAAGACAACCCGGAAAACGCCAAGUGCGAGUUCGAGGUCAAUCACAUGGAGAAGGUGGUGUGGUCCAAGCUGAAGGACAGUGUUCCUGACGUGUACGACAUCGCCCAAAAGAUAUCCUUCAAGCAGGAACAAUACGAGCAGAUGCUGGACUUGUACAAGCGCGAGUCGACCCGCGAUCGAGACUACAGCGACAUCGCCUGCACCUUCCUGACCCAGAACGAACACCUGCUCCACGAAUUCGUCACAGGCGAUCUUGGGGACAAGCCCGAGCUCUACAUCGGGGGAAUCUUUCCUGUUUCUGGCAUAUACAAGCGCAUGAGCGGAGUGCUCACCGCGGCUCGCAUGGCCACGGAUGCCAUCAACCGUUCCCCUCGCAUCCUAAGCGGUUUCCGGCUCGUCAUCUUGGAGCAAGACGGCCAGUGCGCUCAGGAUGUCGUCAUGAAGCGCUACAUCGGCUACGUCACCAACAGCGCCUACAAAAGCCUCGUCGGCAUCCUCGGACCUGCCUGCACGGAUACGCUGGAACCAAUCGUGGGUGUGGCCAAGCACUACAACACGGCCAUUAUCAGUUACAGCGCUGAGGGGGCACUCUUCUCGAAGCGCGAGAAGUACCCUUAUUUCUUUCGGACCGUACCUGAAAACCACAUGUACAGGUACUUGUACUUGAAGCUACUGGACGCGAUGAACUGGCGUCGCGUGGCUGCCCUGACCGACGACGGACACAAGUACAGCGAGUACCUGAACCUGCUGCACGACGACAUGCAGAAGCGCGGGCUCACGUUCAUCACCAACCGCAAGGUUCCGCACGACCACAGCACUCACAACGCGACCCAACACCGGACGCACUUCAUGUCGCAGUACCUGGCCGACUUGAAGGCCCGCAACGCGCGCAUCAUCAUCGGGGGCUUUGACGAGGACGCCGCAAGGGCCAUCAUGUGCGAGGCCUACAAGCAGGGCAUGACUGGUGCGCACGGUUACCAGUGGUUCCUGCCCACGUGGUUGGCACAGCAGAAAUACCGGGACCGACAGUGGUACAACACCGAGCACUACAAUAAGUACCACAAUGAGAGCGUCAACUGUACCGUGCGCCAAAUGAGAAAAGCCCUCGAGGGCUACAUGAGCCUGCACCCCAAGUGGUACGCCGACGACAACGCCAUAAUGCAAGAGAACCGGACCGUCGGCGACUGGAAAACGCUCUACAAGCAAGUUGCUACUGCUCAGGGCAAGGAAGACAGUGAAUACGGCGGCUAUGCGUACGACGCCGUCUGGGUCUUCGCCUUGGCACUAGAAGCUCUCUUCCAAAGAAAUCACAGUCACACCUCCACGCUGCACGACGAUCGAACUUUUCAGGAGCUGAUAUCACUCAUCAACGAGACGAACUUCAAUGGUGUCUCCGGUCAUGUGCGCUUCUACAAAUCCAGCCGUCUCACGGACGUCCUCAUCAAACAGUGGGUGAACGGCACCCAAGUUCACGUGGGUACUUAUAACCCGAGUUAUGGAGAUGACAGCGAUAAGCUCCUGCUGGGCCCUCAAGGUCCCAUGAAACCAAUUUUCUGGCCCUCCGGCAGCAACCCAGGUGACGGAAGCGAAGACCCGUCCACUUGUCCCCUGGAGGGUCUCCGCAGUCUGCUCGGAACGAGCUGCGAUCUUGCCAUUGUGGUGGCUAAUGUGAUUGGCCUGGGGCUUUUCGCCCUGAUCAUGAUCGGAGGGUGCACCAUCAUCAUCAAGCAGAGGUACGAGAAAAGGGUGAAGCAAACCGAAGCCCGCCUGCGUGAACUCGGCCUUCUCUCGUCGAACAACGUGCUAUCCUUGGACGGAUGGGAGAUGCCUCGAGACUACAUCGUGAUCAACCGCAAGCUGGGCGAAGGGGCCUUCGGCACCGUCUACGGAGGAGAGGCCUUCGUCCCCGACAAGGGCUGGGUCGCCGUCGCCGUCAAGACACUCAAGGUCGGAGCCAUCGUCGAGGAAAAGCUGGACUUCUUGUGCGAGGCCGAGAUGAUGAAGCGCUUCGACCACAAGAACAUCGUGCGCCUUCUCGGCGUGUGCACUUUGGGAGAGCCCGUGUACACAGUCAUGGAGUUCAUGUUGUACGGGGACCUCAAGACGUACCUGCUGGCUCGGCGUCACUUGGUCAAGGAGACCAAUCGCAACGACUCGGAAGAGGUGUCGGACAAGUGCCUCACGGCCAUGGCUCUCGACGUGGCGCGAGGACUGAGCUAUCUGGCCGACCUCAAGUACGUGCACCGGGACCUAGCCUGUCGCAACUGCCUCGUGAAUGCCGGAAGGACCGUCAAGAUCGGAGACUUCGGCAUGUGCCGGCCGAUGUACGACUCCGAUUACUAUAGGUUCAACAAGCGCGGCAUGCUACCUGUACGGUGGAUGGCUCCUGAAAGCCUCACCGACGGCAUCUUUACCACCAUGUCCGACGUAUGGAGCUACGGGGUACUGCUAUACGAGAUCGUCACCUUCGCUAGCUUCCCGUACCAGGGCUUAUCAAACAACCAAGUGCUCGACUUCGUGAAGGACUUCAACACCCUCCCGGUGCCCAAUGGCUGCAAGCCCGAGCUGGAGGCCCUGUUGUUUCGCUGUUGGUCUAGAUGCGCCCAGCAACGGCCCGCUGCGUGCGAGAUUGUCGAGAUUCUCGCCAACUACAAUAGCAUCAUCUCCCCGUGCCUCGGUCUGCCGCUGGCCAGCGUCCAAGUGGAAGGCACAGACUCCCUCGACCUGACUUCCAUCGGAGCUCGAAACCGGUUGCACUCCAUUUCGUUACUGGACCGAAAGGCUGAGUCACCGCCGCCUCUUCCGCUGAACAACGGCAACAGGGCCCCGCUCGUGAACGCCGCCGCUCAGCAGCCGGGCUCGCCGUCCGACCUCCCAAGGAACCAGCACGUCACCCUGCUCCAGUCCUUUCGCUCCACGGGCCAAGUCGACGGCUUCGCCCAGUGCUCGGCCCAGAACAUGGCGUCUCUAUGA